AAGCCUGCCCCAAGAAAGGCAUCAGUUUGUGGCUUAACAUCUUCGAAAGAAGUUCAUCCAAUUUACCGAAAGAGAUACCGACAUGAAGACCACCGUUGCAUGCGCCAUUGCGAGCAUCCUGCUCAUCAGCUUGGCCGAUCUGGCCACUGGAUCGGCGUGUGGAUGCACGGAACCAACAACAACACCAGAGCCAUGCACAGAAACAACAACAACACCCGAGCCAUGCACAGAAACAACAACAACACCCGAGCCAUGCACAGAAACAACAACAACACCAAAGCCAUGCACGACAACACCAGAGCCAUGCACAGAAACAACAACAACACCAGAGCCAUGCACAGAAACAACAACUCCCAAGCCAACAACUCCCAAGCCAACAACUCCCAAGCCAACAACUCCCAAGCCAACAACGCCCAAGCCAACAACUCCCAAGCCAACAACGCCCAAGCCAACAACUCCCAAGCCAACAACAACUCCCAAGCCAACAACCACAAAGCGUACUACGAAAGCCACCAGGCCUACGACAACAACCACUCGCAGGACUACAGAAGCCACCAAGCCGACAACAACCACCAAGAAGCCACCGCAUUCAUGCUGCUCCUGCGGACCCGGUGGCAACGCCUGCGCGGGCUGCCCGCCCAGGGAGCACCUCUGCCAGGAGCUUAUCAACUCUGCGCGCAACCUCGAGCAAAGGAUCCGCCAGUGCGUGUGCGGACAGGCCAGCUGGCUGCUUUAAGAGCAGUCCCUGUUCCUGGUUCCGCUCCUGAUCCGAUCUCAUGACACAACCCCUUGGACUACGAUUUCCACGUUUCUUAUAAGGUACUGUUGGCCACCAUUUGGUGUCGGUCAAUGUUGUUAAUAUAUUCUGAUAAUACACAGGAGCGAAAGACACUCCUCCACUUCAUCCUUUGCGCAAAUAUUACAAAAAAA